GUCAGAUUCUCUUGUGGGGAAAAGGGAUGAUUGAGGCUACAGACGACGACCUGCAGCUCAUGACUAACUCCCUCUGAACAGUGAGAAUCACUUUACAGUCACUCAACACUAUAAACCACCAGGAUGCAGGUCUCCAAUACACCUGUUCCUCCGCUGCUCGGCUUCGGGUCAAUGGCUCAGUCCGCUGGACUUGUGGAAAUUGCUGUGAGGCUGUGUUUGAACCAGAGUAAACAACUAUGUCCUCAUGUUUGGGUUCCCAUCCUAAAACCCCAGCGCCCUUGCAUCCGCUCCCCAGUGUCAGAUCAGGUACCCUCCUCGGACUUCUCGAUUCCAGCAUCUCUAACCCACCAUUUCUCCACUUUGUUGGACUUGGACGACUGGGAUGACGAGGUUAUGUCGCCAGCCAAGAAAAAACACGUGGUCUUCGCCGAUUCCAGAGGUUUGUCUCUCACAGCCGUGCGAAUGUUUUCCGACCAAGAGGAACCCUCUGACUUUGACUUGCUGCCGUCGCUGCGGGGCUUGGGAAACAUGACGGAGGACAGCUACAGCUGCACCGUCAGCACCUGCUGCCCGGGUACACAGCUCAAACUGGGGUUUCCACAACCCUCGGCGGAUUUCCAGGCCUUCCGUGCCAAGUUGGCAGAGAGCAUGGUCACCCUGGAGAACUGCAGUGUCAGUGAACAGGUGCUCCAAGGUACCGUCCGCGUCCGGAACAUCGGUUUCAAGAAGGACGUGCAGGUGCGCAUCACCUUUGAUUCCUGGCAGAGCUACAAAGACGUGCCCUGUACGUACCUGCAGAAACGCUUCGGAGGACCACAGACGGACAUCUUUGAAUUUGACAUUGCCAUUCCUAAAGUGCUCGACGCCAAAAGGAAGAUAGAGUUCUGUUUACGGUAUUUACCGGGAGGCCAGAGCCGACCGUUCUGGGACAAUAACAAUGGACAAAACUACAGUGUUGUAGUGAGUGUGCAGUCACAUCUCUGCAGAGGGAAGAAUCUCAAUGAAAGGGCAUGAAAACCUGCCGAAGAACAAGGUGUAGACUAUAGUUUUUAUUCCAUUUGCAUUGGUUACACGCAGGUUUAGUACAUAGGUUUAAUUUGAGGCUUCAGUAUUUACCUCUGCCAAGGAGAGUAUGUUUCCGACCACAUUUUUUUUAUCUUGAUUUUUAACCAUUUGAGGCAUUGUACAAAACUGAGCUCCUUUGGACUUUAUUUUUUAUGCUUUAUUUAGUUUUAAUCCACACCCAGACGCCAAGUCUGGUCCCACAGAUGUGAAAUUUUUCUAUAAUAAUGCAUGUGUGACAGAAGUAAUGGUAGUUAAAUGUUCAAAAACUGUACGUAUAUAAUGCACACAUUUGUUCACGUUUCUUUAAAACAUGUGUGUCCAUAGUAAAAGUGUGGGUACUGCUCAA